GGGGCAAGGCUGAGGUGAGAGCUCACCCACGUUCCGACAACGAGGCCUUUAAAUACUAUCUUCCUCGUUCUGGACUAUGAAUCGAGCAUUGUGUUCUACUGUAAUUGCAAGAUGAUAUCACAACUCACUUCUCUGUCUCCGACAUCUAUUCUUCUCCUUCCUCUUCUUUAUAUCUUCUACCUAUUUCUCUUCAAUUAUAUCCUCGACCCUCUCCGCUCGGUACCUGGUCCGUACCUAGCUCGUUUCACGAGAUGGUGGUAUUUCUGCAAGUUAUACGAGGGAGAUUUUGAAAGGACGAAUGUCGAGCUACACAAGGAAUAUGGAGCCGUGGUGAGAAUCGCACCAGGGGAGUAUAGUUUAGAUGAUGUUGAGGGAGCUCGAAUUGUCUACGGUCUUGGGAAGGGCUUUUCCAAGGCACCAUGGUACUCAGCAUGGAUGCCUCCCGAUCCAUCAAAAGCCUCUCUAUUCUCCGACCAAAAUGCCCACCGUCACAGCAUGCAACGACGAAAGUUCUCUUCUUUCUACAGCAUGUCUGCACUUAUAACCUACGAACCCUUCGUAAACAACUGCUCCGCCCUCUUCACCUCGCGUCUACAUUCCCUCGCUCUCACAUCCCAGGUAAUCGACUUGCAACACUGGCUCCAAUGCUACGCCUUCGACGUAAUCGGCGAAAUCACCUUCGGCUCCCGCUUCGGCUUCCUCGACCUAGGCGAAGACAAAGAAGGCGUCUUCAAAGCCAUCGACGACCGCGGCUCCUACUCGACUUUCGUAGGCGUAUUUCCCUGGAUCCAUCAAUAUCUGUAUUCCAGACUACCCAUGACCGGAGGCCACGGAUACGUAUACGGAUACACGUUACGCCAAAUCGAGAAUCGACAAAAAGAACUCAAGAACCCGGAAAGUAAAAACAGAGAAGGACCACCGGAUAUCAUGACGAAGAUCCUCCUCGCCCACGAAGCGGAUCCAGAGAAAAUGACAAAAAUGGAUCUAAUCACAAUGUGCCAAUCGAACAUCGGAGCCGGCUCAGACACUACUGCUAUAACCCUCUCAGCCAUCCUAUACAACCUGCUCAAACACCCUAGGACAUGGGAGAAACUAAGGACUGAAAUCGACGACGCCGAAAAGGAGGGCCAGAUCUCGGAUCCUGUGACGUUCAAAGAAGCGCAAUCGCUGCCUUACUUACAAGCAGUGAUCAAAGAAGCCCUCCGAAUCCACUCAGCGACAGGCCUCACCAUGCCGCGCAUCGUUCCCGCGGAAGGAACGACUCUCGCUGGACAUUUCUUCCCCGGUGGUUCAACGAUAGGCAUCAACGCCUGGGUCGCGCACCGCAAUCCCUCUAUCUUCGGCGCGGACGCAGAGGAAUGGAGACCAGAGCGCUGGCUCGAAUUCGAGGAGCAAGGGAGGGGUGCGGAGGUCGAGAAAUAUAGUUUGGGGUUCGGGAUGGGGAGUCGGACGUGUAUUGGGAAGAAUAUUAGUUUGUUGGAGAUUGGGAAGCUGAUUCCGCAGUUGGUGAGGAGGUUUGAUUUUCAGCUGGUGGGAUGCGGUGAUGGGGAGGAGUUGAGGAGUCUGAAUAGGUGGUUUGUUAAGCAGCAGGGUUUUAGGGGGAGGGUUUUCUUGAGGGGUGGGAAGAGGUGA